UUCGACACCGCCUCCUGGAUGCUGGUCGCCUUCGUCGCCAUCCAGGUGGCCGCCCUCACCAUCUUCCUGUUCGAGUGGCUCAGCCCCGGAGGAUACAACAUGCGUUUGCACUUGUCUAAUUGUUAUAUGGCGCCUCCGCGAGACCACAAGUUCUCGCUCUUCAGGACUUACUGGCUAGUGUGGGCUGUCCUCUUCCAAGCUGCGGUGCACGUUGACUGUCCCCGAGGAUUCACCGCAAGAUUCAUGGCCAAUAUGUGGGCCAUGUUCGCCGUGGUGUUCCUGGCCAUCUACACCGCCAAUCUGGCCGCCUUCAUGAUCACCCGCGAAGAAUUCCAUGACUUCACCGGCAUCAACGACACAAGACUACAGCAGCCCUCCACCGUGAGCCCCGCCUACAAGUUCGGCACCGUCGAGGAGACCAACUCGGCCAUGGUGCUCAAGCGUCACCACCCGCUCAUGUACCACUACAUGGUCCGCCACAACUACAACCGACCCAGCGUUCAGGACGGCGUCAAGUCCAUCAAGAAGAACGAACUGGACGCCUUCAUCUACGACGCCACGGUGCUGGACUACCUGGUGGGCCAAGACGACGACUGCCAGAUCCUGACGGUGGGUUCGUGGUACUCCAUGUCGGGCUACGGGCUGGCCUUCCCCAGGGGCUCCAAGUACCUCAGCCUCUUCAACAACAAACUCAUGAGCUACAAGGAUAACGUGAGUUUAUGAGGCGACAUCGAGCGUCUGCAGCGGUUCUGGAUGACGGGCACGUGCAAGCCGAAGAAGCAGCAGAGGCGAGCUUCGGAACCGCUGGCCAUCGAGCAGUUCCUCUCAGCCUACCUCCUGCUUGGUAUCGGAAUGGUGCUUGCCAUUGUCCUGCUGGCCCUCGAGCACGUCUACUUCAAGUAUGUGAGGAAGCACUUGGCCAAGAAGGACUCCGGAGGGUGCUGUGCUCUCGUCUCGCUGUGCAUGGGUAAAUCCCUCACUUUCCGAGGCGCUGUCUACGAGGCCACGGACAAGCUGAGGAGGCACCGCUGCCGUGACCCCCUGUGCGACACCCACAUCUGGAAGGUCAAGCACGAACUGGACAUGGCACGAAUGAGGAUCAAGCAACUGGAGAAGGAACUCGAAGCGAACGGGGUGAAGCCGGUCGUCAAGAAGCAGAUGGGGCAACCAGCUGGGUGA